AUGUCGCUUUCUCGUUUGCAAGAUUAUGAAGACCGAUUGGAGCAUAUUAACGUUAUCCCGAGCCGGCAAUUGAAGGACAAAUCCAAUCCACUGGAAUCACUCUCGGAACACCAAUUUCAGGCCCGCCGACUCAGCAAAAAUGCCACUAUAUUUGUUGCUGAUCUCAUACAGGAUCAACUUGUCAGUUCACUGAAGCGAGGAGUGCAAAUCCCUCCAAUUUUGCAAUUACUUGUUGCAUUACGUUUUUAUGCUGGAGGAACUUUCCAAAUUCAAGUCGGCGAUUUGGCAAAAUUAUCACAAGGUACCGUCUCCAAACUAGCCAUUGACUGCACUCAUGUUCCUAUCAAAUCGGUUGGUGGAGAAAAUGCAGAACUUUUCCGAGAUCGACACGGGAGUUUCUCCGUCAACGUUCAAGCAGUGUGUACGUCCGAUCUUAAAAUUACGAAUGUUGUACCCCGCUGGUACGGUUCAUGUCACGAUAACCGGAUCUUCGAAAAUUCAAAACUUUGCGGACAACUGGAGCGAGGCGAAGUACCCGGCAUUCUUGUCGGUGACUCUGGAUACAGUUGCACCCCGUACCUGAUGACCCCUCUAACAAUGCCAAGAACUGCAGCGGAAAAGCGAUACCAGAGUUGUCAAAUAAAAACCAGAAAUCCGAUCGGACGCUGCUUUGGUGUCUUGAAGCAGCGCUUCAAUUGUCUGCGUCACAUGCGUCUAAAAUUGUCAACGACGCUGACCACAAUUGUUGCAUGCUGUGUGCUACAUAAUAUUGCCCUGCUGUACCGUGAUGAUUUGGAAUUUGAUGAUGACGAAGACGAUGUGCACGGAAACCUGCCCAACCAAUCUGCAACGACAACUUCAGGAAUUGCUGCUAGGAAUAGAAUUAUCACAUCACAUUUUUCAUAA